GAAUAUUUUGCUGCCAUGUUUACUAGUUCGUUGAGAGAAUCUGCUCAAAAUGAAGUCGAAUUAAUGGGUGUAGAUGGAGAUGCAUUAUGGACUUUGGUUUGUUAUUGUUACACAGGUUGCAUAGAAUUAAGAGAAGAUAGUGUAGAAACUCUUUUAGCAACAGCAUGUUUACUACAAUUAAAUCCAGUUGUUAAGGCUUGUUGUCAAUUUCUUAGAAAACAACUUCAUCCAAGUAAUUGCUUAGGAAUAAGGAUGUUUGCAGAUACACAAGGUUGCUCAGAUCUGUUAGAACAUGCUCAUGCAUACACAACAAAACAUUUUAUGGAAGUUACAAAAAAUCAAGAAUUUUUAUUAUUAUCUGCCAAUGAUGUUGCCAAACUUUUAGAGUCUGAAGAUCUCAAUGUUCCGUCAGAAGAAACUAUUUUUCAUGCACUUAUGACAUGGUUGGAAUAUGAUCCAGAAAAUAGAUGUAAAGAUGCAAGCAAGUUAUUGAGCCUUGUAAAGUUACCCCUAUUAUCACCUGCAUUUAUUGCAGAUAAUAUUGAAAGCAAUGAAAUAUUCAAAGAUCAAAGAGUAGCACAGGAGUUGGUUAUGGAGGCACUUAAGUAUCAUCUUUUACCUGAACGUAGACCAUUACUUCAAUCUGGACGUACAAAAGCUAGGAAAGCCACUGUGGGUCAUAUGUUAGCUAUUGGUGGAAUGGAUGCUAAUAAGGGUGCUACUUCUAUAGAUGCAUUUUUUUUACGUGAUAAUGCUUGGAAAUUUAUGGCUACUAUGAGUGGUAAAAGACUUCAAUUUGGUGCUGCUGUUGUUGAUAAAAAGUUAAUAAUUGCUGGUGGACGAGAUGGGUUAAAAACAUUAAAUACAGUAGAAUGUUUUGACUUUUCAACUUUCACUUGGAGUACACUACCAGCCAUGAAUAUUCAUAGGCAUGGAUUAGGAGUAGCUGUGUUAGGAGGACCUUUAUAUGCAGUUGGUGGUCAUGAUGGUUGGAGCUUCCUUGAUACUGUUGAAAGGUGGGACCCAGCUACACGUCAAUGGAGUUCAGUCUCUGCUAUGUCUAUACAAAGAUCCACAGUUGGUGUUGCUGUUUUAAAUGAUAAACUGUAUGCUGUAGGUGGAAGAGAUAUAAGUUCAUGUUUAAAUACUGUGGAAUGUUAUGAUCCACAUACAAAUAAAUGGACACCAUGUGCACCAAUGUCAAAGCGACGAGGUGGUGUGGGUGUAGGAGUAGUAAAUGGAUGUCUUUAUGCAUUGGGUGGUCAUGAUGCACCUUCCAAUAAUCCUAAUGCUAGCAGAUUUGAUUGUGUCGAAAGGUAUGAUCCUAAAACAGAUACGUGGACUAUGGUAGCCCCAAUGAGUGUGCCGCGAGAUGCAGUUGGUGUGUGUGUGCUUGGUGAUAGACUUAUGGCAGUAGGGGGUUAUGAUGGUCAACAAUAUCUCACACUUGUCGAAGCAUAUGUUCCACACCUUAAUGAAUGGGAACCGGUUGCACCCUUACAUGCUGGUCGUGCAGGAGCUCCGUGUGUUGUUGUAAAAAACUUAAGUGGUUUUACAUUUGAUUAG